CCUCUUCGUGUGUCAGUCAAGUAUGGCGUAGUCCAAAAUCAUUGACAAGGCCGUGAUUUGCACACACACUACUAAACGAUUUUGUCGAUGUUAUAUUUGAAACUAAGAAUUUUAAUAAUUUUACCUUAUUGAUCACUUACCUGAGCCAUUUACAAACUGGACUAGAGUGUAACGAACUAAUCUUGCUAAAUAUUAGGUUCCAAGAUAGACUCAGAACCGUAGAUUUUAUAAAACUAGCUGCCCCACACACUUUGCACUUCUUCUUCUUGUUUUUAGCACACGAUUUGAGACAUGAUUCCUUUUUGCUUAAUUUUAAGAAUUCUGCAACCGUACACUAAUUUAAAAAACAUUCACAAUAUACACUAUACAGUAACACAAGUCCUUAGUUUGUUUUCACAUUGAUUAUUACAUUAACUUCACUAAAUUUUAACACCAAAAACCGAAUUGUAAAUAAAAACAUUCUGGCCAACUCCCAUCCACAUCGUAAACUGUGUUGCAGUAUAGACCUCACUCAUUGAAACAACCAACACUUCUGCAAUUCUCUGGUUGAGAAGAAUACCAUAAGAAUUUUACCCGAGAUGAUGAUUCUUGUUUAUUAUUUUCUACCUGCUUUUCAAAGGGUAUCAGUGAUAUGCAACGCGUACAUACACUCAAUGUCGAUGAACGUAGAAAUCAUAUCGGUAUGGGUGAAAAAUCAUUGAUCAUCACUUUUAGAGAUGCCAAAUAGAUUUGUAAAGUUAUCCUCGACAAGCUUUGAAAACGUCGAUACUAUUCAACUUUUUAAUAAAAACUGCAUGAGUUCAAUAUUGUGCUACAGAUACGUUGACAUUUAUUUUCAUUCCAUGAAUUUAAAAAAACUCGCAAAUAGAAAAAAAUACAUUUAAAUUUAAAAAAUAUAGAAGUUCGGCAACCCUGCCCGCGUAUAAGCAGGAAACAAAAACAAAAUAUAAACAACAACAAACCUUCCCGUUUCACCGGUUCUGUGCGAAGCAAGUAUGCCGCAAUUGACUAAAAAGCGGAAAGCCGCGGUGUUGCGGUGGAUUUCGAGGAAGAGAACAACCAGCGGCAGCAUCCAGGACACGAUUCGAUCUAGUGCACUACCCACAAACACGGUUCCAGGCGAAAUUUCUCAGCCGGAUAACAAAACUGAAGAUCGAUAUUUCAGCAGCGACGAAACACCUGGUCCUUCGUCAUACUAUCCAACCGACGACUCCGACAUCGCAUCAGUGUCGUUUCCUGCGAGUUUUGUUGAAGAUACCAUUCUCGCCGAAGACCGAUUCCACGCAAACAAUGUUGUAGAGCUUCCGGUCAUGGACUUGGACAUUUUGCCGUUGCCACAAUUGCCAUUGGACGACACAUUCAUGACGGAUUGGUUGAUAGGCAAGGAGGAGGAGGAGGCAAGAAAUGAUCAGUCGAUGUCGAUCACAUACGCUGAAGCAAAUGAAUCGUACGCCACAACUUCUAGAGUGGAGCCAUUGAGGGGAAUUGACGAUGGAAGUUGCAUGGAAGCUCUAAACUUUUCCAUUGAAUCUGUGCUUCACUCACCACUGCUUGCUGCAUCUAACGAGGAAAAGCAAUCCAUGCGUGUUUCACCACUUCCGUCGGUACCAGGAGAGGACGUUGAUGAUGAACAUUGUUCGGUUAGAAGCGACUCCACCGAAACAGGCAAACAGGUAUCGCCAAUAUCACCACGUUUCUGCGGCAAAGAAAGAACCACAUAUUCGGAACUCAGUUUGCUCGGUGUCUCGAAUACAUCGCAAUUGAGUUGUAGCACUGAUUCCCUUGACGAAAUAAGCAAACCAGCUCUCACAGAAUCUUUGAACAGUAAAAAGGAGUGUUCGAAUAAUAAUUUCGGCGAUGCAAGUUAUGAAGAGUCUGUUGAAAUGCCGGUGCCGUAUCGUCGUGUAAGACUGACAAGGUCAAAAACUACUAUCAUUGACAUUCCAGGUAGGCCCACUGAAUUACAUGAGCGGCAUUUGGACUGCUACUGCCCUGCCUGCAUCAAAUGUGCAGAAUUCCAACAAAAACAGCAAUCGGAGGUUCAAGAAAACACCCUGUCGAAACAGUGUGUUGAAGAUGACGAUCCAACAAAGAUAAAAAUGUUGGAAAUAUAUGGAAAGUUUGAUGGACUCGUGCUUCCUACAGGGACGUAUGAUCCUUCUCGAUCGUUCGUCAAUGCCGCUACCGAUGGAUCCAAAAACACAUCAAAAGCAAGAAGGUGAUAAUGACAAUUUAUUCCAUAAGUACAGUUGAGCCUCUUAUAAGGUUAUGCGACUCACUUUAGGAAUCGUCCAUUAAUUACAUUAGGUUUUUUAACGAAGGGGAGUUCGAAAAAUCUUAUGCAAAAACCACAGAUAAACAGACGUAACACCUAGAACGAUUUUCUCUAAAAAGCAUCGCUCAGUUUACACUACCACCAUCUGAUAAUAAUUUUUCACAAGUAUGGUUUCGUGCAAAACGCCUACAGCAGGCGCUAGUAUUAAACGGCAGAUCGCAAGGAAAAUGAUGCGUGCGCCUCUAGAUGUGAAAUUGUCUACCAAAUCAAUUAAAAAAUGCACCUAUGUUACGUCUGUUUGUCUGUGCAGAAACUUUCAGGUUUUCAUGUUUAAUAUCUUGUAAAGCAAGAGGGGUUGAAAAUUAACGUGAUUAAUGGACAGACCCUUGAGGCCAGCGGUAAACGCGGGGGUAUUCAGCAUGACCAUGCUGCAUGUGACGGGUUCGAUUCCCGCUCGAUUCGGGAACUUUUUGUGAUGGAAAUUUCCUUAUUUUCCUUGAGCAUAGAGUAUCUUCGUGCCAGUCACAUGUAUAUCGUGCUAAAUGGAUAUAGCAGAGGAAGCUCUCAGUAUCUGUAUAGGGUGCGUGUACCAAUUAUGGCACUACCUAAGGAAAACUAUUUAUACAAAAAUAACGAGGAGACCAACGAAUGUCAUCAAUAUGUUAAAAGACAGCUUAGUUUCCAUACUUUACAGAAAAAAAUAUUGAAACUACUUUUAGUAUUUAUUAGAGCGUGUACCAAUGAUAGGAACCCUGUACCAGUUAUGGUUACAUUUUUUAACUUCGGUUCCAUUUCGCACUAUUUGCAUGCAUUCCUUAUGGGGUUAGCCAUAAUUGGUACACAAUGGCGAAAAAGGGUGCAAGGAGGCCGAAAUUUUAAGGAAAAUGAUUUAUUUCUACCAUGAUUUAAGCAAAAUGUGGAGUUUAAAUGAGUGCGACCAUCAUUUGUGAACGUGAUCUGUUGUUCACAAAUUUUUUCAAAAAAAAAUUCAAAACACUGCAACUUUUCAUACAGCGCAUCAAACAUUCUCAAAUUUUGACUGUUUGUUUACCUACUACAUAUAUGUGCAUCUGUUGCUUGGAUGACUGAUUUUGGUGGGACUUCUAAUGGUUUCGGCUUACAGUCACAGAAAUAAGCAUUGAUUCUUUUAUUUCAUCGCCGACGUUUCGAUCCUCAGGUUUGAAUCUUCUUCUAGCCCCAUAUAUGUAUAUGAUUCGUUCUCGUAAAACACUAUUUUUUAGACAACUUAUUUUUGAACUGUCAUAUCUCGGAAACCAGUGAACCGAAUUUAAUGAACUUUUGAA